AUGAUAGUGUUAUCCGUAUCCAUACAUCUCAUAGCCGUCUCAUUGUAUGGCUUUUCGUUGAUCUUUCAAUUCGUCUAUCCGUCCGGUUAUUAUCCAAAACCACAAACCGAUGACCAGACCAUCAAUUCAACCGAUACUAAGGACUUCUCGUUUGGCUGGAAAUACAAAUACCUUACCUUUUGGAAUAUGAAUUUUCAAUUCAUUAUAUUUGCGAUACACUUAUUGUGUGAUUGUUUUAAAGUGCAUUAUUUGCCCUCAAAAGCCAUCGAAAGCCGUUUCACAAAACAUUUAUUCCGCAUUCGGGACACACUUUUCCAUUCAGUCCUCUUCCCUAUCGGAUGGUCUUACGAAAUAACCUCUUCGCACGCCUUUCCAUAA